AUGGAAAAAAUAUGAGAGUUCAUUAAGCAUCAACUGCUGAGUGCUACUAAGAGUGUGGGCAAAGCUUUAUUUAGUGCAUUCACAAAGAUUUUGACUAUUUGUAAUUCGAUAUAUUUAUUUUAUUCUUCCGGUAAAAAAACGGGCUUGAUGAAGUGGCUUGAAGAUCGUGACUUGGAAUUCAAAAGCUGAAUAAGUGGAAAUCUAUACUCAAGAUUUGAUAAUUUGGAAAAAAGCCUUCAGGAUAAAGAAAAAAUUCUUGAAAAUCAUAAAAACGAUCUCAAGGAUCGUUGCGGAAAAUUAAAUGAAAGAAUUGAAAAACUCAACGAAAUUAUAAACCGUAUUGAGGAAAUUCAACAACUUCAAUGAAAUAAAACAGAAAGAAAGGAAAAUUAUUCGCAAGCUUCUUAUUCAGUGAUGGAAUUUUCUAAAUUGCCUUUAUAGCUUAUGCCUGACUAUAGCUAACUUUGUGCACAAUAUCCCUUCAAAAAAUUGAUGUUAAACUGAUGAUCUAGCGCCCAGAGCUAGGAAUAUUAUAAUCAGGCAUUAACUAUACAAGAUCAAACUCAAUUUUUCAAAUGCUUGAGCAAUAUAGAUAAAGUUCCGGCAAUUCUUUCUACAGCUAUUUAUAUAGUUGAUUUUGUUGGUGAAUUAUUUUCAUUAUUUUCAUUAUUAUGAUCCAUGUGAAUUGGCGGAGGUUUGCUUGUUCUUCAAAUGGGCAUAGAAGUUCUUUUAAGCUAUGAUGAUUUUAACAGAAAAGAAAAAUAUUUAUUGGAUAAUUUGAAAGCUUUUGAUGAAUAUAUAUUAAAAGUGAAUGAUGAAAUUAAAAAAUGUGAUUCAGAAAUCUCUAAUAUAAAUAGAAAUAUUUUACAAGAAAUAAAUAAUGCUUUUCCUGGAGUUGAUGAAACGAAAUUUUUCGAAGUUUCAGAAAAAAUGAUCAGCGAACUAAAAUCUCGGAAGCCAAUAAGCGAAAUAGAAGAAGAAGAAAAAGAAAAAGAAGAAGAAAAAAUUAAAAAAUCUUUUAUUGAUUGUGUGGUUAGUCGUUAUAAAUCUGGGACAAUUUCAUAUGAAAAGAUGAGCAUCGCUUUAAAGAGAAGGGGAAUUUCUGAGGAUGAAUUGAAAAAAAUUCAUAAUAACAACUAA